AUGUCCAAGCAAAUUGAGGUUGACGUUCUCGUCAUUGGUGCUGGCCCGACUGGUCUCGGUGCCGCAAAGCGUCUGAACCAGCUCAACGACCAGUCAUGGAUGAUUGUCGACUCCAACGACAUUCCCGGUGGUCUUGCCUCGACCGAUGUCACCCCCGAGGGUUUCCAAUUGACANNGCUCUACGACGUCGGCGGCCACGUCAUCUUCUCGCACUACAAGUACUUCGACGACUGCAUCAACGAGGCCCUCCCCAACGAGACCGACUGGUACACCCACCAGAGAAUCUCCUACGUCCGCUGCAAGGAGCAAUGGGUCCCCUACCCCUUCCAGAACAACAUCUCCAUGCUUCCCAAGGAAGAGCAGGUCAAGUGCAUUGACGGCAUGAUCGACGCCGCCAUGGAGGCCAGAGUCUCCAACACAAAGCCCAAGGACUUUGACGAGUGGAUCGUCAGAAUGAUGGGUGAGGGUAUUGCCGACCUCUUCAUGCGCCCCUACAACUACAAGGUCUGGGCUGUCCCUACCACCAAGAUGCAGUGCCAGUGGCUCGGUGAGCGUGUCGCUGCUCCUGACCUCAAGACUGUCACCAAGAACGUCAUCUUGAACAAGACCGCCGGCAACUGGGGUCCCAACGCUACUUUCCGCUUCCCUGCCGAGGGUGGUACCGGUGGUAUCUGGAUCGCCGUCGCCAACACUCUCCCCAAGGAGAAGACCAUGUACGGAGACCACGCCACUGUCACCAAGGUCGAUGCCGACGCCCACACUGUUUCGCUCAAGGAUGGCACCACCAUCAAGUACGGCAAGCUCAUCUCGACCAUGUCGGUUGACUUCCUUACCAAGGCCAUGGGCAACCACGACCUUCACCAGCUCUCCCUGGGUCUGUUCUACAGCAGCACCCACGUUAUCGGUGUCGGCAUCCGUGGCCACCGCCCCGAGCGCAUUGGCGACAAGUGCUGGCUCUACUUCCCCGAGAACGACUGCCCCUUCUACCGCGCCACCAUCUUCUCCAACUACUCUCCCCACAACCAGCCCGUUGCCACCAAGAAGCUCGCCACCAUGCAGCUCGCCGACGGCUCUGCUCCUGAGAACACUGGCCUCAACGAGGGCCCUUACUGGAGCAUCAUGCUUGAGGUUUCCGAGUCUUCCAUGAAGCCCGUUGACUCCGAGAACCUCCUCAAGGACUGUAUCCAGGGCCUUGUCAACACUGAGAUGCUCCAGCCCAAGGACGAGGUUGUCUCGACCUACCACCGCAAGUUCGACCACGGUUACCCCACCCCUUCGCUCGAGCGUGAGGGAGUCCUCAAGGAGCUUCUUCCCAAGCUCAAGGACAUGGACAUCUACUCUCGUGGCCGUUUCGGCGCUUGGCGCUACGAGGUCGGCAACCAGGACCACUCGUUUAUGCAGGGUGUUGAGGCUGUCGAUGCCAUCGUGAACGGCUCCGUCGAGUUGUCNCUCUUCUACCCCGACUUCGUCAACUCUCGCUCAAACGACGAGCGCAGACUGGUCGAUGGUGCUCAGUACUUCAAGAGCAUGAAGGGCAUUCGCGACGAGAGCAAGCCCCUCAAACCUUAA